AUGGCUGGACGCAGGAAGGGCAGCAAGAUUGCGGCCGCGCUGGAACUCCUGGUCGAUGCGAUCGGGACGGAUCGCGGACGCAGUCGGCGCCACAAGCAGAAGAAGCGCACUGAGCAGCAAUGCUUCAAGUGCCAAAGGAUGGGGCACAUCGCUAAAGUGUGCAGGGGCACUUUUGCGUGUCUGAAGUGUGCCGAGGCACACGACACACGCAACUGCACCAAGCCCCGCGACGCGGCUGCCAAGUGCGUGAACUGCGGCGGUGCGCACGCCGCAAACUCGCGCAGCUGCGCUUACGUGCGGGGCUACAGAAGCAAGAUGGCCGCCCCACGCCCUGCCGAGGUACCUGGCGUCGAGACGGACGUCCCACCCCCCCGCUCCCGUGGGGAUGGUGGACCAUGCCGUCGCGAAGCCACCACGGACGACGCACUGACCGUCUUCCACACCGCCCUUGCGGCCGAAAGGGCCGCCAUGAGGGAGGAACUCGUGGCUGUUCACCGCCAGCUGCAACAGCUGCGUGAGGAGCUGCGGGUCCUCAAGAAGACGUCUGCCACCAACGCCAGCUCCACUGCGAGUCGGCCAGUGGGGGUCGACGCCUCCACCCAGACGGAGCCACCUGCGCCGCCAGUUGAUGAAACGGGCGUCGUAGUGGCUCCCAUGGACAUCGAGGUGGAGCAGCCUGCUCUCCCUCUCGACGGGGAGGUCGAGCCGCGGGCACACGACGAGGAGACGCACAUGGAGACACCCACAGCUGCUGCGGCGGAGACAGAAUGCCGGGUGCCCCCUACGGAGCUCAUCUCGGACGCUGUGCUGCAGCUGUUCGCGUCUCUUCAUGGCCCAGGCGGGAAAUACCAGCUCCCGGAACUGGACAUCCCUCUACCCCACAUGUCGGAGACCGCUUCCUCGCAAGCUGAAGAAGCGGCAACAGACGAAGAGCUGCCCCUCCCGCUCCCAGACGAGCGGAGCGUGCAGCCCUUCCUCAAGAAGAUCGCGGCGUCGCUGAAGGACGGGUCGUACCCUCACGGGGAUAACCCAUAUCCCUUCACGCCGGCGCGCGCGAAGCCACCACUGCCUCACGUACCGUGCGACCUCACGCCCAUGCGUGACAUGUUGCGUGAGGCAGUAACGAAGAAGGAGCUGAUUCGGCUCAAUAGCCGCCCCAUCUUCACCCCUUCGGACUGGCAACACAUCUGCCGGGUCACACAGAAGUGGGUGAUGGAGGAGUGGCGCUCUGGCAGGCGUCAGCCUGCCCCAGAAGACAUAGAGAUAAACAACUACUUCGCUGGUCAAAAAUCAGCGAGGUAG